UAGAUUAACUCGCUACCCAAGAACCAACUGGAAACAGCUUAAUGGUGGAUGGCUGUUCUCACUGUGUUGACACUAUUGGUGAAAUGAUGUGGUGAUGAGCCAGUUUUACUCAAUUUCACACCUUUUUUGGUGCAUUUUCAUGGACAGGGUUUUCCUUUAAUUCAUGUGACAGAGCACCUAGCAUGGAUUGUAAUUAUGAUGGGUCUCACAAACACUGGAUAAAGUUGAUUCAAGAAAAGAUGUCUCCCAAAGCGUAGAGUACAUUAUCACACAUGUGACGUAUAACUGAAUGUGUCAAAAUGCUGAUGAUGACAGACAUGUUCCCAAACCACUAGUGCCAACAUCACCAUUGAGAAGAGAGAGCGGCGGUUGGAUUUCAUUGUGACCACAGCUAACUCUUAUACCCUUCUUUCAAUCCUGGUUAUCAAAUCCGCUCAGCACCACGAGUUCUGCAAGACGGAAAUAAAUAAAAAUGUGUUUACAAAGAAUGCGUCUUUGCAAUAUCUAAGAGAGGGAAAUGGACAUACUUUGAGAGGAUGUAUUGGAGAACAGCACUUGUGAUCUUGGCCUUUCUUACUCAUGCCAUUACAGAAAUGCGAGUGACUGGUCAAACGUUGGAUGUGUGUGCCACCUGUCACCCCAACGCCACCUGUGAGGAGAAGGUGGAUGGUACCGGCAAAGCCUGUAACUGCAUGUAUGGCUUUGUUGGUAAUGGAAGAACUUACUGUCAAGACAAAAAUGAAUGUCAGAUAGGAGCCAAUAAGAUCUGUGGGCAGCAUACUGCCUGCCAUAACACCUAUGGAAGCUACUACUGCACCUGCCUGGCAGGAUACAGCCCUUCCAACAACAUGGCCAUCUUCAUCCCCAACGAUGGAACCCGCUGUCAGGACAUUAAUGAGUGUAGAGUCCAAGGGAUCUGUGGUGAGGGGGGUAAGUGCACGAACAUGCAGGGGUAUUUUAACUGCCUCUGCCAAGUCGGAUACCAGGUUCACAAUGGAGCAGAGCCAUUCCACCCACACCAGGACAAAGCCUUGUGCAAAGCCAUUGAUUGUGGGCAGCCUCCCUCGGCUCUGAAUGCAGUCCAGCUGUCAGCCACGGGAACACGUUACGGCAGCAUAGCUAAAUUUGGCUGCUCUGAGGGAUUCUUCUGGAAAAGCGGGGAGAACUCCUCCGUUUGUGGAGCAGAAAGUGUGUGGAAGGGCCCAAGUCUUGUUUGUGAAGAGGUUGACUGUGGCUUGCCCCCUGCCCUCCCUCACUCAGUAAUGUUGUGGAAUCAGAGCACCAGGAUAGGCUCUGAGGUGGUUUAUCAGUGUAACUCUGGAUAUUACAAUGUGGGAGAGGGAAAUGUCUCCGUAUGCACUGCCAAUGGAAAGUGGGACCAGACAUCUUUUAUAUGUAAAGAGAUAACGUGUGGUGAUCCCCCUAUGCUGCCACACACUGGACAGGUGUGGAAUGGCAGCACAAACCCUGGCAGCACUGUGCUGUUUUACUGUAAAGGAGGGUUUUACAGAGAGGGAGGGGGGAAUAUUUCACAAUGCACUAGAGAUGGUUACUGGACAAAAGCAACGUUGUCAUGUAAAGAGGUUGACUGUAGUUCCCCCCCUGCCCUCCCUAACUCAGUAAUGUUGUGGAAUCAGAGCACCAGGAUAGGCUCUGAGGUGGUUUAUCAGUGUAACUCUGGAUAUUACAAUGUGGGAAAGGGAAAUGUCUCCGUAUGCACUGCCAAUGGAAAGUGGGACCAGACAUCUUUUAUAUGUAAAGAGAUAACGUGUGGUGAUCCCCCUAUGCUGCCACACACUGGACAGGUGUGGAAUGGCAGCACAAACCCUGGCAGCACUGUGCUGUUUUACUGUAAAGAGGGAUUUUAUAGAAAGGGAGGGGGGAAUAUUUCCUACUGUACAGAAAAUGGUUUCUGGACAAAGGCAACAUUAUCAUGCAAAGAAAUAAUGUGUGGUGGUCCCCCUAUACUUCCCCACACUGGACAGGUGUGGAAUGGCAGCACAAACCCUGGCAGCACUGUGCUGUUUUACUGUAAAGAGGGAUUUCAUAGAGAGAGGGGGGGAGGUAUUUCCCAAUGCACUAAAGACGGUAACUGGACAAAGGCAACAUUGUCAUGUAAAGCCAUUGAUUGUGGGCAGCCUCCCUCGGCUCUGAAUGCAGUCCAGCUGUCAGCCACGGGAACACGUUACGGCAGCAUAGCUAAAUUUUGCUGCUCUGAGGGAUUCUUCUGGAAAAGCGGGGAGAACUCCUCCGUUUGUGGAGCAGAAAGUGUGUGGAAGGGCCCAAGUCUUGUUUGUGAAGCUACAUGUGGACCGGCCCCUGCUCUGGCCAACACAGAGGUGAUGCUGCAGAACACAAGUGUUGUGUUCCAUCGUUGUCUGGAAGGAUUCCACAGCUGGAGAGGAAGAAACACCUCUGUUUGUGACAUCACUGGGAAGUGGCAAGCUGCCACAAUGCGAUGCAGAGAAAUCAAGCCUGCCAUCAGCGACUUGGUUGUCUUUAAUGAAAAAUGUUUGCGUUGGAAAGCAGACAAGUAUGAAGAAGACACAGAGAAUUACAGAGUAGCAUUUGUGGGAUUCAGGGCCUAUCAAAGGUCAUUCCAUGACAAGAGGAAGAAGCUCCUCAGCUCCACAUCAGACCACCCUGAGAUCUGCCUGAACCUGCUGCCUGUUACCAACUACACCAUCAGCAUCACUGCACUGUCUGCCAGGUUCACCUCCACACUUACAACAAACACCAGCCUACAAGUGCCUCAAGCCCCAGAGAUUUUAUACAGAGAAAUUGAGGCUCCAUUGCCCACUUUGUGGCUACGCAGAUCAGCUGACACUCUGGACCCAAUUAGUUUCUACCAGGUGUUUGUGUUGCCACUGGAGGGGACUCUUGUGUUUGACUGCAGCUCUCCUAAGACCCCAGACUUCUCCAGUCAGAGGAAGCCCCAUGGACAGUACAUCACUGCCCAGCUCCAUCUGAGGGAUAUAGGGAAAGAGAUUAACCUGACUUUGGGCGAUGGACACUACUAUGGAGGGUUCUACAAUGCUCCUUUACAGAAAGGCAGAGACUAUUACAUCAUAUUACGAGCUGUCAGUCAAUGGGGAGGGGCUUUCAAGCACUCUUGUGUUAUUUGGGCAAAAGUGAGAGAUAUAUCCUACAUAAUGAAGGUUUCAUCGCUUUUUGCUGGAGGAUCAAUUGGAGUCUUUGCUUUGGCCAUUUUUCUGGGACACUGUUACACCUGGUUUUGUAAGAAGACAUGACAGUCAUCGUGAGGACUGCCUUUUUAAGUUGGGUCACACUUGGUUUAUAUUAGCAUAACGUUCAACGACAUUUACCUGUCAUAUUGUAACUGUGUAAAAAUGUGUUUUGUAUUGUAGUUGUUUUCUGUACUAAAAUAAAGGUAUAAAAAUGUUU